GACGUGGCUGUGGGUCAAUGAAGUCGGCUAUUAUAGACUCCUGAAAAGUUCUGCUCGCAUCAUGCGGACAGCCAUAUUCUGUCACCGAGCCCGCAUGAAUGACGGACUGGGUCUGCCGCCGCAACCUUCAGCAAAACUGAGCUCCAAACUACCGCCACUGGCCACCAUUCACAUCUACCACCCCAACCCUCGCCCUUUCAACCCUUUUCCUGGCCCUGACAUAGUUCCGCCGCAUCUCUGCAGCUCCUCUGUUUUGCAUGAGGCGUACAAAGGUAGCGUUUAGGUUGUAGCCCGUUACGCCACGCUGGCCUGUAAUCCACCGCGCCGCCACCAUGCCGACUGGACCAGCUGUGGUGAUUAUAGCCAGGCAUGGAGCUCGGCUAGACGCUGCGGACAAGACCUGGCAUCUUACCUCCCCCACCCCCUACGACCCUCCCUUGACCUACGGCGGAUGGGCUCAAUCAAAAGCUCUCGGAACACGCAUAGCAGCUCUGCUUCAUGCUAGAGAAGAGGGCGAGGACAAAGGAUUUGGAGCUAACGGGAGCUCCUAUGGGCUGGAUAGCUUUAGCUUCGGAGCCCAGGACACAUCAAGUACCAAUGGGAAAGCCUCGAAGUCUACAAAGCGAAAGCAGAAAAUCGUAGUCCAUUCGUCACCGUACCUUCGCUGUGUUCAGACGUCUGUUGCCAUCAGUGCUGGCAUUGCACAGUACCAGGUUCCAUCAGACAGCGUCCCAGGGCGAAGCCAGUCCCCAAAGAACUCCGGCAGUCCACAUGCUCGCCCUGGGUCCCCGAAGACCCGCGCCGUAGGCUCGACGUCACCCCAUCUGGCCUCUAUUCCAGAGCCUCAUGUCCCAGAACCCGAGGACGAUCCUGCCCUAGCCGUGUUCAGGAAGUCCUUGAGACGCAAGGCACCCGAGAAGACUAUGCUACGCAUUGAUGCAUUCCUCGGGGAAUGGCUGUCUCCAGAUUAUUUCGAGAAUAUCACACCGCCGCCAAACUCCACAAUGAUGGUCGCGGGAGCCAAGGCGGACCUUCUUCGUCGUGGAGAGUACAUCGAGGUGCAGCAGAACCCACACAGCAUCAAAGGCCACUUCCCAGGUGGAUGGAAGGCCGGAAGCUCACGACCUUCAAAUCACACUUCAAACCACGCCGACGACUCUGUGUUAUCGAACCUAAGUAGCUUAUCCCAAGCUCUACCUCUCCACAACCACAACCGAUCAAACAGUCAGGGGAGCGUUGGCAGUACAAGCAGCAGGACAAGUCACCGAGUAUCGACACCCCUCUCUACCUCGCACAAGGUGACAAGCAACAUCUACGACCCUCCAGUACCCACCUACGCUGUCUCGCCUUCCGAUCCCAUACCUCGAGGCUACGUAGCCCACGCGCGAGAUGCCUGCGUGGACGUCGAUUACCAAUGGGACAGCAUGAGGGCACCGCAAGAAUGGGGCGACGGAGGCGAAUACGGGGACGAAUGGAGCACCAUGCACAAACGCUUCCGAAAGGGUCUCGCGGGUAUGAUGGAUUGGUACAAGGAGCACGGCAUCUCAAGCCACCAAGACAAAAUGCACGACGCCAUCGGCGGAGACUCCGGCGACGAGCCCGACGACGACAGCGACCUCGUCCUCGUCCUCGUCACCCACGGCGCUGGCUGCAACGCCCUCCUCGGCGCCAUCUCCAACCAGCCCGUCCUCCUCGACGUCGGCAUGGCCUCGCUCUCCAUGGCCGUCCGCAAAGACACCCCCACCCACAGGUCCCCCCUCCCCUCACCUCCCCUCCCCGACCUCCGCCGCUCGCCAGUCCUCGAUCUCGGCAUGUCGGAAGACUACGAGAUGAGAAUCCUCGCCUCCCUCGACCACCUCCGCCCGGGCGCCGACCCCGCCAAGCUCUCCGAAGUCCAGUCCCCGCCCAUGCUGUCCAGCCCAACCGAGUACCGCCGCCGCUUCAACUCGACCACUACCAUCAGCAGCCCCGCCGAGUACCCCUUCGGCGCCGUCGAGCCCAUCCGCGGCGUCAACAGCGCCCUGGGAAGCAUGCGCCGCAGCUCGACGUCCAACUCGUCGUCGAGGCUGUACGCGCCGUCCGCGACGCAGAAUGCGCCGGCGAUGUCGACGACGGGGCUGUGGAGUCGGGGGCCCUCGACCAUCGGAUCGGCGAGUGUGCGCUCGUCGAGUCCGGGCGCGGAUCUGGUGCUCAACUUCCCGGACUCGAAGCCGAGUAACGCGCUGACGAAGACGAUCUCGAAUCAGUCGGAGAACGACGACGUGGCGCCGCUGCCGACGGCGGGCAGGUCUGUCACGGGGUUGUGGGGACCGGCGCCGGUUGCGGCUCACACCGAGCGGGUGAGUGGGUUCAAGAGAAGAUGGACGAUCAGUGACCGCAAUGCUUCUUGA